GGGCAGCAUUGGUAGUAUGUAUAACGUAUUUAUACGUGCGCAGCCUUUUCAGCGCGACGACGACGGACAGUAUGCCAGAACCACCAGAAUACCAUGAUUCUGUCGAAACAGAUCGUCUAACGGACGAGGAAAAUGUACCAGUGCAGCCAAUGACUACACGCUCGAUAUAUGCUCUAACACGGAGCGAAAUAACCAAAGGAAUUGCCAAUCGUUUCGUGCACUCGCGGAUUUACAUAUUUCUAUACCUUGGCAUGGCUGCACUAUCAGUGACCACAGUCGUGCUCAGUCUCUCCGACGGAUGCCCAGGGUUACCAUUCUAUAUCUUGGAAAUAAUAAUUAACACGUCUAUGAUACUUGAAGUUGGAGUGAGAUUCGUUGCUUUCGGAAGGCAAUUCUGGAAAUCACCAUUUAACGUAUUCGACUUGAUCCUUACCCUCUUUUGUGCCUUGACACUGUUGGUGUUGGCGUUUGCGGGGUGUGGCACGACGAGCAAGGAGGAGGAAAUAUUGGAUACCCUGCUACUUGUGGCCCGUAACGUGCUGCAGUUUGGGCGUCUAGCCGCUGUGAUGCGACAAUCAGGACAGUCCAUAUUUACGCGGCCAAAGCCUAUUGAUAUUUCUGCAGUACGGAGAGCAGGAUACAAUAGUCUU